AUGGAAACAUAAGAUUUGCUCAUAGUCGCUAUCGAGAACCCACUCUUAGAUAUCUCAGUUGAACUUAGCAAUGAUGAGAUUCUGACCAAGUACGAGCUUUAACACGGACACGCUUGUCUUGCCAACGAGAAGCAAAUGCCAAUUUACGAAGAGAUUUGGAGAAUUGAAGGAGUUUAGAAGAUUCCAGGCGGAUCAUCCCUCAACUCUGUCAGAUCAGCUAACUACAUGCUCAAGAAUACUCAUCCAAACAAGUGCGCUUUCUUCGGCUCCAUCGGUAAUGAUGAGGUUGGAAAGGUCUUAGAAAAGGAAUUGGAAGAUACUGGUGUCCACGCCUACCUCCACAAGGAUUAAGACACUCCUACUGGUAGCUGCGCAGUUUUAGUCCACAAUAAGGAAAGAACUCUUUGCGCUAACCUUGCUGCUUGUCUUAAGUAUCCAACUACCCACUUGCAAUCAAACAUGCAGGUUCUUGAGAAAGCUGCCUUCCUCUACACUUCAGGUUUCUUCAUUACAAGUAACUUUGAGGCAUUACUUGAAUACGUUAAGUUUGCUGCUGACAACAACAAGCCACUAGGUUUCAACCUCUCAGCUACUUUCCUGAUUCAAUUCAAUACUGAGUAACUAAACACUGUCCUCGAGUAUGCUGACUACACUUUCUGUAACGAAGAUGAGGCCAAGGUCUACGCUGAAGUCAACAAGGUUGAAUAUGCUACCUUCAAGGAUGUUGCUGUUGCCAUCUCAAAGAGCAAGAAAGUUAACACCGCCAGACCAAGAGUCUCAAUUAUUACUCAAGGUAAAGAACCAGUCAUUGUUGCAGUUUCUAAGGAUGGGGAAGUAGAAGUCAAGGAGUACGAAGUGACAGUUCUUAAAGCAGAGCAAGUCAUCGACACUAACGGAGCAGGAGACUCAUUCGUGGGAGGAUUCCUUUCAUAGAUUGUUCAAGGUAAAGAUUUGGAGACUGCAGUUAAGGCAGGUAUUUGGCUAUCAAGCUAAGUCAUUCAAAGAUCUGGAUGUACUUUCCCAGAGGAAAAUACUUUCUGA